UGCACCAGGAAUCUUCCUAGGCAAAAACAAACAACAAAAAAAGAACAGAAGAACAUAGCCAGCUACCUUAGACACCUGUUCACGGGCGAGCGGAUAAAACUCUUGAUUUGCUGCCGAGGCAGAGCACAUACUGCACAUACGUCCAAAUGUAAAGAGAUUAACGAGACCUCCGUAAAAGCGCGGAGCAGAGUGUUUUACGUAGACUACGGAGCUUUCUUCCAGUUUAUCGCAGAAAAUGCUGCUCUCUCCAUUGGCGGAAAGAAACCAGGACGGGUUGCUGUCAGUACUGCGCGAACAGCUGGGGAAGAAGUCGCACGGCGAGCUGUUCGCGCUCGAGCUGGGCUCCGGCACCGGGCAGCAUGUGGUACACUUCGCCCAGGACCUGCCUUUCGUCACGUGGCAACCGUCGGACAUCACCGAGGAGUUCAGGGACAGUAUUCGCUCCUACAUCGUGGCGACCAAGGUGAAGACCGUACUGGAGCCGGUGCACCUGGACGGGGGCGAGCCCUGGGAGAAAUGGGCGGGGCUCCCCAAGAGCUCAUGUGACAUCAUCCUGUCGAUCAACAUGCUCCAAUACUGUUCUUUCGGCACUAUCGAGGGUGUGUUUAAAGGAUCUGGGCAGAUUCUGAGGAAGGACGGCUUCUUGAUGACAUAUGGGCCUUACGCAAUAAACGGCAUCGUCGUCCCCAGCAGCAACGAGGAACUGGACCGGAGCCUACGUGAGAAGAACCCAGAGUGGGGUCUUCCAGACGUGGACGUCCUGAGGCAGCUGGCGUUCAGCAACGGGAUGCGCCUGGAGAGGAUGAUCGAGAUGCCGGAGAGCAAUAAAUGCCUCAUCUUCCGGAAAAUCUGACCGGCCGCCACAGCAUUCCCGGGAACGUGGUCCUCUUUCCAGCAGCCGCUCCAGUGACCAGGGCGCCCCCUGCUGGCUGAGUUUCUCUGUGUGUGGCAUCAGUGCUCCUGCUGAUAAUAAAGUGCUGAACGUCCAAUCCAGGCUGCAUCCAUUUUGAAACUGUAAACUUGGUCUAUAUGCGCGUACAGUAUUACAGAACACGCGACACCAAGUAAACGUAGAUGAAACCAAAAGCGGUGGUGCCUGGAUAUCCAAGAAUAUCAACCCUAAGCAGGUGCUCGUUCACACGGAGCCUUUUAAUUGGACAGGGAAAAGAAAAGAGGAAACGAAAACCAAGGCACUCUCCGCGACACAGUUACAAACGGCUUCACAUAACGGCCAUCUUGUGACAUUAAGAUGGGUGCCCAGGUUGUCUUUCAUAAAGGAAAUAUUAACUGCAUCAUA